AUGACUGCGGCUGAGAAGAAGAAGGUGCGGCGCAUCCGACGGACGAACGAGCCAGCGCCCCCGCGCUCCCCAUCUAUUACGAAUAGAGAGGAACUGCGAAAGAGGGCGUCGUUAUGGUCAACCGGCGAGGCGUCGUCGACGCAGACGGCGGAGAAGGAUUCCGCGGCACUGGUGGCGAUGAAAGACACGGCUCUUGGCGGCGCUACGGCGGCGGGUAAGAUGAAGCAAAAGAAGCCGAUGACAGCCACCGGGGAUGUCGAGCGGAUCGGGCAUCCGACGCUGACCGAUAUGACGUGCAAUAUGCAGCUUCUUGCCGACUUGGGAUCGAGCGAUGAGGAAGACGAAAGCGAAUCCAUGAUGAGAGCAACUUCAGGUGCUUCCUGUACCGGUCCUCCAACAUCGAUGCCAACUUCAAGGGCUGUUGCUGCCGCACUUCCAACAUCGAGUCCAACUACAAGUGCCGGUCCUCCAACAUCUGUGGACGCCCCUACGACACCAAGCCGUGGCCGCCCACGGGAGCGCGCACUACCAACCAGUGCUGGCAAAAGGAAGCGGAAACGAACGAGCAAUACGGAAAGUAGUAAGUCCGAGCAGGAAUAUAACGCAGACGUGGUGAGGGCACAGGUGGCUGGUGAGAAGGAAAAUGUUUUAGCACUGAAGAAUCGAGGUGGCCCACAUCUAUUUUUCAGCAAAACACUAAAGAUGCCGUCGUAUCCGCUCAAACCACCGGUAAAUCGUGCCGUGAUUGCGCCAUUGAAUCGCGAGAUGCUGUCCGUCUUCUGCAAUGAGGCGACGUCUCCUCUCUUGAUGCGGACACAAGUACAGGGCCGCAAACUGAGGCUGCGCUUCCAGCAGCUGAAUAGCCCCGACCGGAACGUGGUCGAAGCCUCCUUCUUCAACGCCAUCCAGGCUCGCCAUGAUCUCUAA